UUGACAUCCAUCGCCGAGAUCCUCUGGAGACUUUGGAGUAUUGAAGAUAAAUAAGAGACGUCACGAGGCGUUUUCCACCUUUUAAUGAUUUCUGUAUUCGUUUUGCUUUAAUGGGAAAAGCCACUGUUUACUUCUCCCGUGAUCGUCCACAGUAAGACGACAUCAUCUCACCAGCUGUCGCGCACCAUCAGGCUGUGACGUCACGGCGAGUCUGUCUCACGGCAACACAGCAAUUCAGUUCGGAUAUAUUUGUAGCGCACUAUACCAUUUGUCAUUGUACGGUUUAGUACAUAUAGUGGUUGAAAGGUCACGUGUUUUGAACACAGCGAACCGAACGUCAAGUGCAACAUAGUGGAAGUGCGAGAGCUUCAGCAGGUCUGUUUGUGCACUGAGGUAUAACGCGACUGCCAGAAUCGCAGGGACAUGGCCAGGCCAGAGCAGAUCCUGAUUUUAGAGCCUCAACACGAGCUGAAAUUCCGAGGUCCAUUCACAGAUGUGGUGACCACAACUUUGAAGCUUUCUAACCCCACAGAUAGAAAUGUGUGCUUUAAAGUGAAGACAACUGCACCACGUCGCUAUUGUGUGCGUCCAAACAGUGGAGUGAUUGAAGCUGGGACCUCGGUUAAUGUCUCCGUUAUGCUGCAGCCAUUUGAUUAUGAUCCCAAUGAGAAGAGCAAGCACAAGUUUAUGGUGCAGUCGUUAAUGGCCCCACCUGACAUGACUGACAUGGAGGGUCUGUGGAAGGAGGCCAAGCCAGAGGAACUGAUGGACUCUAAGCUGCGAUGUGUCUUUGAAAUUCCAAACGAGAAUGAGAAAACGCAUGAUAUGGACACAAGUAAGAUGAUUUCCUCUAGUUUUUUUAAAUCGGAUUCAUCCACAUUGUCCAUGAAGUUGGGGUCCAGUUUAGAUGAUGGAGAUGUGAAGAGGAUUAUGGAAGAGUGCAGAAGACUUCAGGUGGAGGUGCAACGACUAAGAGAAGAAAACAAACAGAUCAGGGAAGAUGACUGUCUGCGGAUGAGGAAGAACACAGUGAUGGCAGCUCAGCAUUCCACACCUUCAUCUGUCACUGUGAAGGACGAGGGCUUGAGCAUCAGGGUCAUCGCUAUAAUUGUGCUAUUCUUUGUCAUUGGCGUCACUGUAGGGAAGUUGCUCCUGUAAAGAUAAUGGAGAGUUUCGUGACAGCAUGCAAUGUGAAUGAAACAAACCUAACAAACGUAUUUUGAUGCUGAAUAUUCAGUUGCAAUGCCAUAUCAUUUUUGGAUAGUGCUGGGUCACUGAAUUAUGUAAAAUGAAAAUAAACAUUAUUCCACCUUGUGUGCAAAAUAUUAGGGGAAUACAUAAACCAAGCACUGUCCCUAUAGUGACAAAAUGACAUCAUUCAGGCCAUUCACUGAACUAUUUUAGAAACACUAGUGCUCAAAUAUUCAUACAAAGCUGUUAUCUUAUAUACUGUCAUCUUAAUUUCAGAGUUCAACUAAGGUCAGUUAAAGAUUAUGACUGUUUUGUUUAGACAGAGUGCAGAAGCUUAUUACAUUUACUUAUAUUUACACUAAAAGCUCUUUCAAAUAAUGACCAUACAAAUGAUUAUUUAUUAAAUGUAUAUGUGCGUGCACACACAAUGAAUAUUAAAAGUCUACACACUCCUUUUAAAAUGAAAGUUGUUUGUUUUGGAAAAAUGAAAUGAAGCCUGGUAUUUAUAGCACAGACAAGUGAAGAAUAGACAGUCAGAAAAUAUCAGUACUAUAUAUACUAAUUAUAUUUCUGCAGCUCCUUUAAUGAUAACAUAGGUCUCUUGGCAGCUUACCAGUUCUUGGUGAUGUUGCUGUUGUGUUUAUGUUUUCUGUUUGUUGAUGAUUUGUUUUUGCUGUGUUUCAUUAAAUAUCUUAUGUUUUGGAAAUUAAUUAUACUCCUCUAAUAUUUUAUACCUUACCAUAAUUUGUGCAUCAUCUUCAGCAGUCAGACGAGACCAAAAAGAUAAGAAAAUACUGCAGACAGAUGUUUAUUGGGUCAGUCGGAACAAUUUUAUUGGUGACAUCUGUAUAAUAAUUACUUUUGACCAUGACACUGAAUGUGAUUGGUUAAUUCUGUACAAAGCCACAUCCAUAAUUAUACAAGGGUGUGCAGACUUAUGCAACCAGAUAAUAGGAAUAUUGCUUUUGCUUAAAUGUAUGCAUUGUAAUGACUGUGUAGACUUUUUAUAUCCAUUGUCUAUAAUCCAUGGUGUGUCUAUGAACUCAAACCUUGCAUCCAAAGUUAUUUAAUUAAGCCAGAGAGGAGUAAGGCAUAGGGCUGAUGUCAGAGAAAUGCUUCCAGUGUUGAUCUUGAGCUUGGGGCAGAUAAACUUUCCUAUAGUGUUGGUUUCAAUAUUUCUUUAUCUUUUUUCUUUUAACGGUUGAUAGUGUCUGAUAGUGUGUCUAAUUGUGUGUCAACUAGGGCAUAAACCUUUUUGUUUUAAUUUUUUUUUAGAUAUUUAUAUUUUUUGUUUGUUUGCAUAUUAUAUUAUGUAUUUACUACAGGUCCCUUGUCUAAGCAUGACAAAGCUGUAGUUUUCUUAAAAGUGGUGUGGUUGGCAAUUCCCUUAGAGAUGCUCAUGAGAAAUAAACUUGCCGGUCCAACACUAUGUGCAAACUUAACAAACUGAAAAAACCCUAUAGGUUUAUGCUAUAGCUUUGACAACCACUACACUACCCAGUGGCAUUUCCUGUAUCCAGUACUGCUCAUGUACAGUCAAUUCCAUAAAUGUUUCGAAAUUGAGGGAGAUGUUAUUUUAGCUGUCUACCGCAGUAUAUUGUAGUUGUUAACUAAUUAACAUUAGUUCAAAAUGUAGACUUUCUGUUUUAAGGGCAUUUUCAACCAUAUGGAUGAAAAGAACCCAUGGACAUCACCAAAUACUGGGUUUCUUCCCUGGUGAUUCUCUGCCAGGCCUUUAUCGAAGCUUAAUUCUGUUACUAUUACUUCUUCUGCCAUUUCUUUUCAGUUGUUUAAUUAAAAAAUAAAAUGCCUGCUUAAUUGGAUUCAGGUCAGUCACUGUCCAAUGACUUGAUGCAGCCGACUGAAUCAGAACAGAUAAUAUAGUCCUAUAGACUUCUAUAGACAGAAUUCAUCUUGCAGCAGUUACAUCAUCAACAAAUAGAAUGAAUCCGUUCUAUGAAUGAGUUCUAUUGGCAGACAUACAGACCAAGGGGAGGUGGUAUGCUCUGGAUUAUGACCCAUUCCCUUUCUUCUACAUACCUGUCUUUCCUUAUAAUUCUGGAACAAAUUGAACUUUGUUUUAUCUGAUGUUGUUCUAGAACUGUAAACUUUGUGGUAAAGUUUGUUGAAACCUGAUCAUCCUUUUCAAACACCCUAUUAUUUCUUUAGUCCCCUUUAAUACCCUCUUGUUACUACCACCUCUCUUCUUGGAAGGAUUUCUUUUAGAUUGUAGAGGUCAGGGCUCUAUGUGACCCACAUGAGUUCCUCUACUCCACUCUUAGCAAACUGUAUUUAUGGACCUCCCUCUUUUACACAGGGGCAUUUAUCAUGCGGGAAGUAGUUUCAAGCCAAUGGAAUAGGACCCCUUCCCUUUCAGUGAAGGAAAAUUGUAAUGCUUCUGCAUACAAAGCACACCCUUUACAAUUCUGUGCUUCCAAUUUUGUGGCACCAGUUUCUGAAAGGCAGAAAUAUGUGUGUAAAUUUCAUGUGUCUCCAAACUUUGGGAGAGUUAUGAAGGGAUUAUUCUUUACAAUGGAAAGUAACCUACUGCAAUAUUCCACAGUUGUUUUCCAUGUUUUUUUAGGCCAUUGGUUACCUUUCGCCAGUACAUAUUUUCUUUCUAGGAAUCUAUCAAAUAUUUGAUUUGGCCACACCUGAUAUUUUGUUUGUACAUCAUAAAGAGAGUUAACAGCAUAAAACUUUACAAACACAAAUGCCACACACCUCUAGACCUUUAAUCUGCUAACUUCUAUGCAGUUAUAAUGUGUAAGGUUCACCUGGCCAUGAAACAUGAGCAAAUUAUUGUCCCUUAAAAAAGAAUAUAUAAAAAGAACUGUAAUCCUUACAUUUUCAUUCUGUUUGCAUUCAUAUGCAUAUCUACGGUAUGAUGUGGUAGACUACUAAAUAACAAUAUCUUUGAAAAUGUCCAAAUGUUUAUGGACCUGUCUGGUUUUUUUUAAGCCAAAAGGUAUUAAGACAAUUGCAUGGCUCAGAAUUAAUCUUAUAGUGUUUCUGUUGUAUGUUAUACACUGUUUAUUCUGCUGCAUUAGGCUGUAAAGUUGCUGUACUAUUGAAAGACCUCUGAUUUGA